AUGCAUCGAGUCUUCAAUUUGUUUCAGCUGUCAUUAUGGGUCACGAGUAUAUACGCGAUAGUGCUAGGUUCACUUGAAGGACAACACAAAGUCAGAACCCUAGAUGAUGAUCCAGCUUCAAAGGGAUUCGUUACAUUUAGGCUGGUUAAGAAGGCUACCUCCUCUGAUAAGUUCCCUCGAUCUUUCGGAGGUGUUGAUGAAGAUGUAGACGACAACAUCACAAUUGCCGAAAGGGCCACUGGAUACCAGGUUGUUAGGGCCCAAGACACAACCUUCAAGAACAGCGCAGGUAUUGACCAAGACGGGACCGACUACUCAUACUUUGCUGAGGUCGAGCUCGGCUCGGAGGCGAAGCGACUCUACAUGCUUCUCGACACUGGUGCAAGCACAACCUGGGUAAUGGGCUCAGGUUGCACGUCGAAAUCAUGCGCCAUACACAACACGUUCGGCCCAGAGGACUCGAAAACAUAUAACGACACUGGCAGGGCUUAUUCCGUGGACUACGGCACUGGCUCUGUCCGCGGCCACGUAAUCGAAGACAGCUUAUCUCUAGCCGGGCUUUCAGUAACACUAGCUUUCGGUGUUGCCAAUACCACGUCGGAUCAAUUUGUCCAGUUCCCAUUCGAUGGUAUCCUCGGUCUGGCUACCAGCUCCAACACAUGGCUGAGCGCCGUCAACGACGCAAAGUUGAUCGAUUCGAACAUUUUUGGCAUCAGCUUGUCGAGGAGCUCGGAUGGCACGAAUGACGGUGAGAUCGUCUUUGGCGCACUAAACCCAGACAAGUACACAGGUGAUAUUACCUAUUCACCUGUCAAAUCGGACAGCUCCUGGACUAUUACCAUGGACGACAUUACGGUUAGUGGUGAAUCAGCUGGAAUCAAGGGCAGGUCAGCCUACAUUGACACUGGCACGAGCUUUGUGUUCGGGCCCCCAGAGGACGUCGAAGCCAUGUACAAGUUAAUUCCUGGUUCGUCCUCGAGUGACGGAUCGACAUACACUGUUCCCUGUGAUACCGAUAAGCAACUCGCCUUCACUUUCUCAGGAGAGAACUGGAACGUGUCCUCGAAAGACCUCAUCUCCGGACCCAACAGCGAUGGCGCCUGCACGGGCAACAUUUACGGAAUCGAGUAUGUCUCUGGUGGUUGGUUGCUUGGGGACGUGUUCUUGAAGAACGUCUACAGCGUCUUCGAUGUGGACAACGGGCGAAUUGGAUUUGCUGCCAAGGCAGUCCCGGAGACCACUCAACCAAGUACAACCACCACUACAGUGCCCACGGGAACGUCUGCGGUCGACGUUCCAUCAGACACGGCUUCCACCGCCGUUCCGACUGAUUCAGCAGGAUUAAACGGACACGAAACGCCAUCUGCGGACACGUCCCCCGAGUCAACGGGUGAUGCUGAGCCGGAUUCACCCGCAAGCAAGCUCAGCCUGGGAUGCUCCGCAGCUUUAUUAGCGGUGGUGCUCUCAACGGACGACAGUGACGACGGCAUCAUAGUGCAUCCAGGUCAUAUCAGCAACGACCAUGGCCCUGGUCAUGAUUCCCAAGGUCCCCGAACCCCGAGAACGCCGAAUCGAGUGCGCUUUGAUCUUACACCUACCAACAUCCCGCCUGCUGCCAAUGGUACGAGCACAAACAACUCUAUCGACUCUAUCCACCCACUCGAAUCUUUUGACUACUUCGAUCAAGAACCUGAGAGCGGUGGUGGACGGGACCGCACCUCGCGCCGACCACUCCUGACAGACAUCGAAGCCCCGUCCGUGACAGUAGCCAACAACUUAUCAGACGACGAUGUCCAUUCAUGGGCUGAGCGUGAGCGUGUUCGGCCCAAGUCAGGGCUACGAUCAGCCUUUAUGAACAUGGCAAAUAGCAUCAUCGGCGCCGGAAUCAUCGGACAGCCGUACGCCUUCAAGGAUGCCGGCCUCAUCGCAGGUAUCGUGCUACUCGUCGGCUUGACCGUCGUCAUCGACUGGACCAUCCGCCUCAUCGUCAUCAAUAGCAAGUUGAGCGGCGCCAGCAGUUUCCAGGGCACGGUCGAGCACUGCUUCGGCAAGACUGGUCUGAUCGCCAUCAGCGUCGCUCAGUGGGCUUUUGCGUUCGGCGGCAUGGUGGCCUUUGGCGUCAUCGUGGGCGACUCUAUUCCUCCCGUCUUCCGUGCCAUCUGGCCGAAUCUACACGAAAUUCCUGUUCUUAGUCUCUUGGGGGACAGAAGAGCUGUCAUUGUCAUUUUCAUAUUGGGUAUUAGUUACCCCUUAACAUUAUAUAGAGAUAUUGCCAAAUUGGCAAAGGCGAGCACACUCGCUCUCAUAAGCAUGGGCAUAAUCGUAACUACUGUUGUGAUACAAGGUGCCCUUACUCCCCUGGCAGAUAGGGGUUCUUUUAGCACUCCACUGCUUACGAUCAACAGUGGCAUAUUCCAGGCUAUAGGCGUCAUUUCAUUUGCUUUCGUUUGCCAGCAUAAUUCCCUCCUAAUAUACGGUUCUCUCAAGACUCCCACGAUAGACCGGUUCGCGACUGUGACGCAUUACUCCACGGGCAUUUCCAUGAUUGCAUGUCUAGUCAUGGCAUUGGCGGGCUUCCUAACGUUCGGCGACAAGACGCUGGGCAAUGUUCUCAACAAUUUCCCCGCCGAUAAUACCAUGGUGACGAUUGCGAGGUUGUGCUUCGGCUUGAACAUGCUCACUACAUUACCCCUAGAGGCCUUCGUCUGCCGCGAGGUCAUGCUCAACUAUUGGUUCCCCGACGAACCCUUCAACAUGAACCUGCAUCUCAUUUAUAGUUCGGCACUCGUCGUCUCGGCUAUGGUGCUGAGUUUAUUCACAUGCGAUCUAGGCAUCGUCUUCGAGCUCGUCGGUGCCACGAGCGCUGCUGCACUAGCGUAUAUAUUGCCGCCUCUGUGCUAUAUCAAGCUGAGUUCCCGGUCCUGGCGGACAUACGUCGCCAUGGCCGUCGUUGCCUUUGGGUGUAUCAUCAUGUUCAUCAGCGUGUUGCAGACGGGUGCACAGAUGAUAAAAGGUAAAGUGUCAAUCCCUGCUUAG